GGCGUCCCCCGCGCACGCGCAGGACCUGCCACCCUCGCCGUCGUAUUUAUUCGCUCUCGCAGGCCGGCCGGAGGGCCGAGCUGCCUUGCAAACAAACCCACGUAGAGCCGUCGAAUCCAGCAAGCCCCCAGCGCAGCUCGUGCGACCCAUUCCAUUCGUGGUCCGUGCGCGUGCGCGUGCGCCACGCGGUUCAGACGUGCGGCGCGGCGCGGCGCGGCGCUGGGUGCUGGCCGGCCGUCGUCGUCUGAUCGGAGAUCUCAUUUCGCCGCCCGAUGCUCGCUGGAGGCUGACGAGCGCCGCCGCCGUCGCUAAUUUUGCCGCGGGGAGACACCCCAGCCGUCCGAGGCCGGUCGGACGGCUGUGCUGGUGCGGCCAAAAAUAGCGAGCGCCCCGUCCCGUCCCGUGCAUGCCGUGCGCUGACGAGGCGUUCGGCUCGGCUCGGCUCCGCUCCGCUCCACCAACCGAGGAUCAGGCGUCGUCGUCGCCGUCGCUCCGUGCCACAGGCGCCGCGCCGGUCGCGUCCAGAUCGGUGACCGGCCGCGGCUUGUGCGCGCAUGGCGUUGCCACUGCAGGACGGCGCCGAGUUCCGCGGCAACGUGGCGCCGGCCUCGCCGCCGCCGACGCAGCUCAUGGAACGGCUCUCGUCGACGGACAGCGGCGGCGGCGAGGAGGCGGGCGAUCCUGACAGGAUCCCCGCGGCGGUGUUCGAGCGGGACCCGUCCGAGUCCAACAAGGACUGGAGCAUGAUGUCCACGGAGUCGGUGUUCGGCCUCCAGGUCGCGCCGUCCAGCGACUUCACCGGCUUCUUCCUGGCGCACCCGGAGCUCAUGGACAUCGCCACGCCGCCGCGCAGCAGCAGCGCCUUCGCCGACGCCGACGCCGACGCCAAGGCCGCCCCUGUCAUCUCGCCGCCCUUCGAGAGCAUCCCGGAGCUCCCCGAGAGCGCCAUGAAGGGAAACUACUCCUUCGCCUUCCCAAACUUGAUAGAGGACAAGAGGAACUACUCCAAGAAGCAGUCGCAGCGGGAACACCAGCCGGAGCCAGCAACACCAACGGAGGUGGCCAAGCCCGCACCAGCAGCACCGGCGAAAGCUGAAGCGAAGGCGGAGGCGCAGCCGGAGACAAGCAGCAAACCGGAGGCAGCUCCGGCUCCGGGGUCAGGAAAGGGCGGCUUGUUCUCAUGCUUCCCCUGCUGCUGAUAAGCAAGCAAGAUGCAGUUUGCAGUGGCCAGAAUGAUGUCUCUGUAAAUCGCCACUUGGCCGUUAUGUAAAAUGGAGUAGGGUGCGAAGAAAUGCAGGGUGCAAGUGUAAGGGCAGAGGGUUUCCUGGUACAAAAAAUGGCGUUGUGGGCAGCAAAAGGUUCUUGCAAUGCAAGGAAGUACAGUAUAUAUGUCGAAUUCAGAAUGGCUAACUUGCUAUACUGGCGGUGUAAACGAUCUUUUUAUGUACUGUGGAGAGACCGAACAAUUCCAAGUCGUUUUUUCGCGCUUUC